UUGCUUUUUUCGCCAGUGCGCCAUUCUGGAUGAAUCACGCGUCGUGUGAUUGGGCUCUAGGCGCCACACUCGGAGCCAAUCAGAGGAGCAUCGGUCGACGGCGAAGACGACUUCAGUUCCGUGCUGAUCUCAUUACUCACAACCCACAGCAGUCAGACGGCAAACAUGGAGCAGUACACCACCACGACAGCUAGUGGAGAGCAGAUAGUGGUGCAGACCAGCAGCGGACAGAUCCAACAACAGGGCACAGUGACUGCAGUGCAGUUGCAGACUGAGCCUCAGGUAGGCCAGACUGCAGCCCAGCAGGUCCUUCAGGUAGUUCAAGGACAGCCUCUUAUGGUACAAGUCAGUGGAGGUCAGCUCAUCACUUCUUCUGGGCAGCCCAUAAUGGUACAGGCAAUGACAGGAGGACAAGGUCAAACCAUCAUGCAAGUACCAGUAUCUGGUACACAGGGAUUUCAGCAGAUUCAGCUGGUACAACCCAGUCAAAUCCAGCUUCCUGGUGGACAGACUUUACAGCUACAGGGUCAGCAGGGACAGACCCAACAAUUCAUCAUUCAACAGCCACAGACUGCAGUCACUGCAGGACAGAACCAGGGUCAGCAGCAGAUCACUUUGCAAGGUCAGCAGGUGGCACAAACUGCUGAAGGACAGACCAUCGUUUACCAGCCUGUUAAUGCAGACGGGACCAUCCUACAGCAGGGAAUGAUCACUAUUCCAGCUGCAUCUUUAGCAGGAGCUCAGUUACUCUCAGCUGGAUCCAACAACAACACUACCAACACCGGUCAGGGCACAGUGACGGUCACUCUUCCCAUGGCAGGAAACAUGGUCAAUGCUGGAGGAAUGGUCAUGAUGGUCCCAGGGGCUGGCGGCUCGGUUCCCGCCAUGCAGCGCAUUUCUCUUCCUGGAGCAGAGAUGCUGGAGGAGGAACCUCUGUACGUCAACGCUAAACAGUAUCACAGGAUCCUCAAGAGAAGACAAGCCCGUGCCAAACUAGAAGCUGAGGGCAAAAUACCCAAAGAGAGAAGAAAAUACCUGCAUGAGUCCCGUCAUCGUCACGCCAUGGCCAGGAAGCGCGGCGACGGUGGACGCUUCUUCUCUCCGAAGGAAAAGGAAGAAAUGGCCAUGCAGGCCCUUAAGAAAUCUGAGCAGGAUCAGUCUGAAGAGGACACAGUGGGCCACAUGAUUCAGGUGGCAUAAACCACCCUUUCCUCCACAUGUUUCAGUCAGUCCUUUAUGGUUCAAGUUUCAACACAUGGUUUCUGACUUCCCCUGAAGUCAUGUUUAUCGGUUUUCCUUUAUUUCAGUUCUCGUAUAGACUGAACAGUUGUUUUAGUUUUCUAGUACUGCCAUGUAAAACAUACCGAUAUUGGGAAUUUGAGUUUAAAACCAUCUCACCGGGCCAAAAGGUGUAAAAGUGUUUUCUGUAUUUAUGAGGAACAACUUUUCAUUGUGUAUAUGAUUUGUUAAGACAUUUCAUUCCACUUCAUUUCUUUAUUUAAUUAAAGGUAACAUAUAAGAAUUGAUCACAAAAAUGUGAAUUAUGGUUGAGUUUUGUAUAAUGAGAAGUUUUUACGUGUACUGGAUCAGACUGUGAAAUGUUACACACUUCUAUGCACUUGCGCUUUUAGUUGGUCCAUCGACCAUUUGUACAUCCAGUCACUCUCAAGCAUCUCCCUUUAAUGAAAACCUUCACUUAUCUCUUUGUUUUUUUCUAUUGAUGGAUUCCUUAUAUAAAAAUAAAGGUUGAUGUUCUGUACAUGGUGGCAAAA